AACUCUCUAAAGUAAUUCUAUUUACACUUUGCUCGUAUUGAAAAUAAAAUAUGAAGAGCUUUUAGUAUUAUGUAUUUGAUAAAAACCAAUUACGUGCCGAACGAACAUAUUUACUGUUACUUGUCACUAGUUUACCGUUUAUUUCCACAUACGUCAGCAUGGUGCAAAACACAGAGUAAAAAGUGUCUAUUUGUAUCUACAGCGGCUACAUUGGCAGUAGCAUCUGAUGCGACCAAUUGAUUUGUUAGUAUGUCGUCGCCUUCCGUGAGAGCAACACGUUCGAUUGGUAGUGUUAAGUGAUGUUAACAAAAUUCUAUACGUAUGCACAUACAUACAUAACAUAAGCAUACAUAAGUUUGUCGUCGGACUUGGUUUUUCGUGUCCCGUGAAGUAUUUUCUAUGUAAGAGAUUAGAUAAAGUAAUUCAAGGUAGCGACCAACUAAACUCACUCAUAUGCUUGAAACGUAUGUAUGCCAACAGAUAUCCAUAUCCAGAACGCAGAAUCAAAAGUGUGCAAAAAAAUCACAUUGAAGAACCGGCAAAACAUGACAUCGCUUACUACAAUAUAAAAAGUAUUGGUUAAAAUUAAUUAUUUUGUGAUAAAAACGUUGCUUUUGAAAGCAAAAUUUCCGUAACUAUCCGACAGUUUAUCAUAAAAUUGUAUUAUGUGUAUUUACAAACAAGUUUUAUGGAGAAACUGAAUUGAAAAGUUCCACGCUUCACCACAAUGAGUAGAUGUGUGUGCGCGUGUAUGGGAUUGUAUGUAAGCAUUUGCUUGUAUAAAUGGAGUUAUCUGCGACAAUCAGUGAAAACCGGCAGUGAAAGGUUUUAAAACAGGGUACAGCAGUUUAUAUAUAGCCAGUGAUAAGGAUAGCGGUUUCCUAUUUAUGUAAUAUUUAUGUAUGCAUUUUGAAGAAAUAUGUCACUUCUACUGCAAGCUUGUGCCGUAACCGUUAUUCUAAAAUCUCACGCAUCCAAUGAAAAAUGUAAUCACAAACUAUGCAAUAAAAUUGAGAAAUAAAUUGAAAGUUUUAAGAAAUAAGAAACAAUUAUUUCACUGAUGGUGGAAAACAAUUUACAGCUUAUUCGGAGGAAAAUAUAAUAUUAAAUUCUUUCAAGAAUUCGCAUUAGAAAUUUCUUAUGGCCAUAUAACAAGUGAAUAUACACUAUAUGUCUUAGGUCAUGUGAUGGAUAGAAGUAAUAAUGUUCGUUUGUAUACAGUUGAGCCUGCUGUUGUACUGGCUUACGAGCAUAUUCCACAGCCUUUCAUUCCUGAUAAUUCAGCCACGACAAAUGUAAGUGUAAGUGCCACUGUUAUUGCUGCAAUUGACCGCGCAAAUAGCACAUCUAAUGGUUUCAAUUACGUAAAAUUAAGCAAUAUCGGCACUCCUACAAGCACUUUCGUUUCUCUAAGCAACUUUACCCACUCUUACUAUAUUUCGGCUGUAUCUCAUGCUGCCCAAGCCUCUACACCCCCAACCACGUCUUUAUCAAUGGCAUCAUUCAAACCUCAUCCAGUUUUGAUUGAACAAGACAUUUCAUCACCAUUCAACGGAGGCAAUAAUAUUUCGGAAAAAGUAUUGAGAACAAUUUUGGGGCCGCCAGCUGCGACGACAGAGGAUGUAGGAAAUGACAAGCUGAACUCGUUCUAUUUUUACGAGAUGGAACAAUUUGCAGUUCUAUGGAUACUCUUCACUGUCAUUGUGCUUGGAAACUCUGCGGUGCUAUUUGUUAUGAUUGUAAAUAAAAAUCGAAAAUCAAGAAUGAAUUAUUUCAUUAAGCAGCUAGCAAUCGCAGAUCUUUCUGUGGGUUUGCUUCAUGUACUUACUGACAUAAUAUGGCGCAUCACUAUUUCAUGGAGGGCUGGUAAUAUUGCUUGUAAGCUCAUUCGAUUUUCCCAAGUUUGCGUGACAUAUUCCUCUACAUAUGUGCUAGUAGCUAUGAGUAUCGAUCGCUAUGACGCCAUUACUCAUCCAAUGAACUUCUCGAAAUCAUGGCGCAGAGCAAGGCAUCUUGUUACAGCAGCAUGGGUGGUUUCGGUUAUUUUCUCGUUACCCAUUUUAUUUCUUUACGAAGAAAAGCUAAUCCAGGGCCAAAUGCAAUGCUGGAUAGAACUUGGUUCGCCGGAAGCAUGGCAAACGUAUAUGUGUCUAGUCGCGGCAACUUUAUUCGUUGUUCCUGCACUGACCAUCUCAGCUUGUUAUGCGAUUAUCGUAAAAACUAUUUGGGCAAAGGGCUCAAUAUUUAUACCUUCAGAACGUUGUAAUAGUAAUAUAACUACUAGAAGAGCCAGCUCUCGCGGAAUAAUACCUCGAGCCAAAGUAAAAACUGUCAAAAUGACAUUUGUAAUUGUCAUCGUAUUUAUACUGUGUUGGUCUCCCUACAUUGUCUUCGACUUACUGCAAGUGUUUGGACGUAUUCCUAAAACUCAAACCAAUAUUGCUAUAGCAACUUUUAUACAGAGUUUGGCACCACUCAAUUCUGCAGCUAACCCACUCAUAUACUGUAUAUUUUCAUCACAAGUAUUUCGCACGCUCAGUCGUUUUCCACCAUUCAAAUGGUUCAAAUGCUGUUGUCGUUCCUACUUAAAUAGUACAACAGCAAAUCGGUGCAGCACCGUGAGUCGUCGACUUCACCACAGCUGCGAUUCAGUACGAACGUUGACUACUUCACUUGCCGUAUCACGACGUUCUAACAAAGCACCAGCCCAUGUGGUCAUAUGUGAAAAAGAAAAUAAUACAUUAGCCGUUUCGGAAGUAUGAUAUCGUGCACCAUUUACAUCGCAGCUGUGCCAAUAAUCUUAAUAACUUACGCUACCGUUACACGGGAAAGAACUUGCUUUCAAGUUGAUCACACCAAAGUGUAUUCAACAAAGUGAACUAAGUAUUUGACAUACCCGCUUUUGACAAUAAAAUAGUAAACAAUUCAUGUAUUUGUUUACAUUAACCCGUCUUUUUUAACUUUAACAAUAUGAUAUAUAUUGAUAAAAUUGUUUGCAAUUUGUCAGUUGGAGCACAAAACCUUAGUAAAUUGCUCCCAUGAGUUGUUUUGCCUAAGCAGAAAGUAUUCGGCAUUUUCCUUUAUUCAUUUAAAAAAUAUUUUUUUUUUUGGUUUGAAAUUUGUUUACUUUUGAAUUUCAAAAUUUGAAUUUUUGAAUAAAUGUAUUCGUUACUAGCAGACCGCUCCGGCUUCGCACGGGUUUACGGUUAUACAUAUAAAUGUACUUUCACGUUUCUUACGUGGGUUCAUUUUAAAAAAGUAAAAUGAGGAAAAUGAAAUUAUAUUUUAUUUGUAAUGAGUCUCUAGUCUUUGGUGUCCGAUGUCUUUAUCUCUGAUUAUGAAGGCGUUGGGAACGCUCAACGCAAAACGCUCAGAGUUCGACACCCUAGUGCGAGCUUGUAUAUUUCUAAUAUUUUGUUCUUCAAGCCACCGCACACGCUCCAUAUUCGACUCUCAAGCGCAUACUUGGGAGGACACAGUAGUUUUUGAGUUUAUUCAUUACAAACAUACAUACAAAUAUUUCCUCUAUAAAAUAGUAGUAUAGAUUAAUUUUAAAAUUUUAACACUUGUAAUUUGAAAAUUGGAGAACUGUGCACUCAGCUGAUAAUUUCUUGAUCAUCAACUUGAAACACUUCUUGCUCGCAAAAAUUGAAAGCAAUAGUUCGCAAUAGCAAUAGCAAUCAAGUUCGGAAAGUGAGGGUGUGGUAGUAAAAAAGUGUGAGUGUGUGGCAAUUUGAAAGCAAUUUCUUGAACUUGUAACGUCCGGGUUAAGUCCUUUUUAAACUACACUGAGUUAUUUUAGGUACAAAAAUAAUGAAUUGAAUUUAUUGAAACAAAAGGAAAGGCAACGAACAAAAAACUAUAGUUUAUCCUAAUCCUACACGCUUUUUCAGUAAUUUAUUUAUGUUUACAUGUCGUAUAGACGCUGAUAUAUACCGACGUAAAUAUGUACAUAUAAAUAAAUAUUUUUAAAACAUUUUAUUGAUAAGGCUAAUAUGCAUUUUUUAUUAUUUAUUUAAAUAUUUAUAUGUAUAUAUACAUAUGUGUACACGUACAUGAUUAUAUGGUUGUACAUAAUGUAAAACUAAGACAGAAUAUUCAAAGCCAAUAAAAAUUAAGACAACCAAUCUCAAAAAAAUCGUAUACAUGUAUAUACAAACCUCUGAUUUUUAUUAUACGCUUUAUAUUUAAAAAAAUAUAUGUAUGUACAUAUGUAUUUAUAUAUUAUUAGUCAAAAACACAAAAGUAAACUUAGCGAACUAUAUUGAAAUAAUUCCUUUGUUUUUAAAGACUAGUAUUGAAAGGAAAAUCAUCGAAAUUACUAAAGAAAGAAAUAAAACGUACCAGUUUUAACCAUUGUACGGAUACGAAUCUUUAUGUCUCAUAAACAGUCGUUUGGAAAUAAGAGGAGCCCCUAUAUGACCGUUGCAAAAUGAUAAUAAAAAUAAAGAUUAGAGUCCAUCGAAACCUUCAAUAUGUAUACAAUAAAAUUAUUCAAUAAUGUAGAUUAUAGUUUUUUUAAUGCCUAUCUAAAUUUUGUGCCAAUAACCCCAAUUAUUAAAUUAAAAUAUAAUUCAUUAGUUUCACUUAUUGUUCGUGGAUUUCGUUUCAUAAUCAACGAGUCGAAGGAUAUCUUCAAGCAAAGAAGUUUUGUGAUAUAACAGUGUUGAUAGUAUGCAAAUUUUUUGAAAAAAUGAUUUAAGAAGAGUAUAUUGUUGUUUUAACGAUUAUCCAUCGGGGUUCAGUCUAGAUAAGUAUCCAGAACGAAGUGGCAACUCGAGCUCUUCGACUGUUAUGGUAUGGAAGUGUACGAUUUCUUUUAGUUUGUAUGGAAAUCGGAAGGCCCAGGUAAGUCAGUUUAUAUGGCACACUGUACUGCACCAGUACACUGUAACUGUGGGACUAUGGAAGUGUAUAAUUUCUUUUAGUUUGGAUGGAAAUAGCAAUGCUUAGGUAAGUUAGUUUAAAUGGCAUACUUGACUGCACAGUACACUGUAACUGAGAGACUCUUCUUGGUAAAAACAGAUAUACACAAAUUUAAUUAACGUUUACGUUCCUAUACACUUUUGGCUCUCUAUACAUAUGUACUUUACCCAACGUCAAAGAAAAUAUUUUUUUUUUGUUUCGGGCUCGAUAUUUGAGUAGAAUAUAUUAGAAAAUUUAAAUAUUCGUUAAAUUUGGAGUUUCAGAAUAAUAAUACCAAGCAAUCAAGAUAAAAAGCAAAAAUUUCUCCUCCAAUAUGGCAAUCGAUAUGCAAACUGGAGGAGAAGUCUAUGCCUUUUACACUGCAAGAACAGCUAGAGAAUGAUUUAAGUAUACUCGUCAAUAUAUAAUAUGUAUUCAUGUUCAAGGAUCAUCGAAAUAUUCGUAAUAAAAACGUCAAUUCGCCACUUUCAAUGCACAGUUAAGUUUCACUGGUCACAAAAAACGGCAGGAAGGUAAAUUAGCUGCCCCUACAGUUUUACAUCCGACAUGUUCGUUUCACUUGGCCCCGUUUUCACACUAACGUAUCUGCCACCUUCUAUACGGUUCUCAUACUGUUCGAUUUUAAAACAGUCAUCGACCCUUGGAAGCUCAGGAAUUUUGCGAUUAUUGGAAAUCUCGAAAUGACUGGAUUCACUCAAUCGUUUAAUAUUUCGUCGAUUUACCUCAUUACCGAGGCUGCUGAUAUUACUUGGUGGUUUUUCAAGUAAUUUAGUUUUAGGUUGUAUUAAAUUUGUGCAGCUCGUCAGAGAGGGGUUAGGUUUUACUUCGUUGUCGGUGUCACGAUAGCUUCGUGCAGUUAAUUCACUCGUGUAACCAUUGAAAUUAUUAUUACUAUUACCACUGCCAGAGAGACGGCGUCCUUUCGAUAAAACUUUUUCUUUAGCUAGCGAUAUGAAAGAUUCUUCCGUGCCUGUGCAAUUCGGACAAUUGCAUCGAUGAUACUGUGUACGAUCCUCGCUAACUUCUUUCUGAGUCUCGGCAAUAAAUUGGCACAGGCAUUUAAAUUGACGUAGACUUUUCUCGCUUUGCUGUGAUAUUUCUGUAUGAAAAGGAUGUUAAGAGCAUUAAAUUCCAAAGUGCAAGUUCAAGCCUCACUAUCUAAAAUAUCCAAAUACAUUUUGCUUAGUAAACAUUCAUUUCUCAUCAUCUGCGAGCACAGCGUUUCGACCUUUUCCAUUGUAUGAACAAAAUAAUUUCUCAUCAUGCAUUCAACAGAACUCUAAUAAAAAAUUAGUAAUUAGGUUUAUUUCAUAUAUUAGUUAAAUGAGAAAUAUAUCGUAUUCAUACACGUCACACUUUACUCACCUGCACCGUCUCUAAUACCGUGUCAUGUACAAUACUGAGAAAAUCGGCACAUGAAUUCUGAAUAUUUUUGCUGCUAAAUGGUUCAUCAUCGGAAUCUUGUUCCGCUUCCUCGCUUAUUACCUCCAUACGUUUCUUAAGAUCUUGGUAUUGAAAGUUUUGCUUGUUCUUUGUUUGCUUAGGAUUUUUAGGUUCGAUACUGGGUUCGCUCUCGACUGGUACACUUAAACGCUUUCCGUUUUUGGAUGUGCGUUUGUUAUUAUUUUUUGUUAUUGAAGGCCUAAUUGGAGGAGAUCUAGACUUCAUUUUUUUGGGAGGUACUUGAACAUCAGGGAUCAUUCGCGUUGGAAAACAAUCAAUACACGACCGAUUUCGACGAAUAUUACAGCAAUCACCCAUAUAAUUGCAGCAGGGCGAACAAGACGAACAGCAGCAACAUUCUGAUUGACGCGGAAAGCAACUCAUUACGUGUUCAAUUUUUAACACUUAUUUUAUUUCGAUUAGACGGUAUGCAAUUUUGUUAAGUAGUGGAGAAAUGUGUUUCCUUACUGAGUGGGAUUCGAAAACGAAGCUACGAAAUGUUUGAUAUAUUUUCACAAAUUUAAGUAUUUCAAAUCUGAUUUAGACAUUUUGUUUUGGCAGAAAAAUUCGAAGAUUGUUUGUAUUACACAGGCAUAAAUAUUUUGAUUUAAAAAAAUACUGACAUAAAUAUCUAAUGGGAAAAGAUCGAUUUUAGAGAAAGCAAAAUUCCGCUUUAAUACAUAAAGCAGGUUAAUACAUAAAAUAUGUUUAUCAUCAAUGCUUUACAAUAAAACUGAACCGCUUUUAAAUUUUUUUAAUUGAUAGAUAUUUAUUUACAUAUCGUCAAGGAAAAAUAUGGAACAUAUGCAAUAUACUUAGUUUUCAGUGAUCAACCAACCAUUUCGUUCAAUUCAAAUUUCUCGGAUGUUUUAACACUUUUAUAGUUCUUCUUUUGGAUAUAUUUAGCAAUGAAAGGAGCAAUUAGAUUUUGAUCCACAUCAGAUAUCUUAUUUCCUCCAAAAUAUAAUGAAGCUAUAUUUGAAACUACAAUGGUGAUAAAAGCGCCCAGCAUUGUAUACAACAAAAAAGAAAUAUGAUGUAUAGCCGUUCCAUUCUUAACCUCGCUGGCAUUAUUAAGCCGAUCAAAAACAAUAAAUUGUAAAAUAUAGUAUCAAUAUGUGAAUACUUUGAUUUUAGAAGGAAAUAAACUA